AUAAACAAAUAGACAAACAAAAACAGAAGCCAACGUCCAGCCAUUUCACUGCUCAUCUCAGUGGCGAACCCACAAAUGAAAUGAACAGAAAAACUAAACCCAUUUCACCUUUUCCCUCUCCCUCUCCCCACUCAUCACUAAGCUCCACCCCAUCUCGCAAAACCCUAUCCCUUUCCUUCUUUUCUCAAAUGGCGCGAAAAUCUUCCCUCCUCAAACGCCUCGGUAUCUUCGUCCUCCUCUUGGUUUUCGCCGUCUUCGCUCUCGCCACCUCCUUUUUCCACCCUUCGCCGCCGCCGGACCGCCCCGCCAACGACGUCAAGCUCUCUUCCGAUGUCAAACAAAAUCUUGAAAAUUUAAAAGGUCGAAACUUGAAAGUCAAAAUUUAUAUGUACGAUCUUCCCAAGAAGUUCACUUAUGGCAUCAUCGAGCAGCACGCUUUGGCUCGUGGGGGUUCGGUUCAGCCUGGUACUGGCGUGUCGUCGUUGAAAUACCCGGGUCACCAGCAUAUGGGGGAGUGGUAUUUGUUCUCGGAUCUGAAUCGACCCGAGGGGGAAAGAGUCGGGUCUCCGAUUGUGAAGGUGACGGAUCCUGAAGAGGCGGAUCUUUUCUUCGUCCCGGUGUUUUCUUCGUUGAGUUUGAUCGUGAACAAUGGAGGUGGGCUGGCGACCGAAGGUGGGGCUCUCAGGUACAGCGACGAUGAGAUGCAGGAGGAGCUGGUGGAAUGGCUGGAGAAGCAGGAGUAUUGGAGGAGGAACAAUGGUUGGGACCACGUGAUCGUGGCGGGUGACCCGAAUGCGAUGUUAAGGGUGGUGGAUCGGGUGAAGAAUGCGGUGUUGUUGGUCUCUGAUUUCGGGCGGUUGAGGGGUGACCAGGGGUCGCUUGUGAAGGAUGUGAUUAUUCCAUAUUCGCAUCGGAUUAAUUUGUAUAAGGGUGAAGUUGGAGUCGAAAAUCGGAACACUUUGUUGUUCUUCAUGGGCAAUCGGUAUCGAAAAGAGGGAGGCAAAAUUCGGGAUUUGCUUUUCAACUUACUUGAAACAGAAGAAGGUGUCAUAAUAAAACAUGGGACACAAUCUAGAGAGAAUAGACGUGCAGCCACCCGAGGGAUGCAUACAUCAAAGUUCUGUUUGAAUCCUGCUGGUGAUACACCAUCAGCUUGCCGGCUAUUUGAUUCUAUAGUUAGCUUGUGUAUACCUGUAAUAGUUAGUGAUAGCAUUGAGUUGCCUUUUGAAGACGUGAUAGACUAUAGAAAGAUUGCAGUAUUUGUAGAGACCAACGCUGCUCUGAAGCCUGAGUAUUUAGUUUCAAUUCUGAAAGCAGUGACCACAGAAAAGAUUCUGGAAUAUCAGAAAGAGCUCAAAGAGGUGCAGAGAUACUUUAUAUAUGACCAUCCAGGGGGAACAGUAAACGAAGUGUGGCGUCAAGUCUCACAGAAGCUACCUCUAAUCAAACUUAUGAUUAAUCGUGACAGACGGCUUAUCAAGAGGGAAUUGAGUGAGCCAGAUUGCUCUUGUCUCUGUUCAAAUAAGACUGGGAUUAUUAGCUCUUUGUGACACCCCCUUUAUCUGGAAGUUCGAUGCCCACACAAACUGCCAUAGUUUUCUCUGAAAUUGGCUGUUAAAAGGUAUCCGAGUUAUAGGCAUCACCAAGUACAAAUGCAAAAAUUUACUGACCCUCUAAAGUUCAUGGUCAAAGUUAUUUUAUCUUCAUUAUUUUAGGUUGUAUGUGGAAGGGGUAGAGUUUUCUUGCACGGGAUGUAGAUUUAUGUUAAUUUAUUUGUAUCUUCACUAAUACUGUAGCUGGAAAUGCAAUUUUUUAGCUGCCAAUAUAAUUGAUUUGUACAUUUAGAAAAUAAAAG